AUGGCUUAUGGCUUGCGUCAUAUCGUUUGCUUCAGGUUCACACCGUCGAUGACGGCCGAGAUGAAGGAGCAGUUCAUCCAGGAAGGCCGUCAGCUGAGGUCGCUCAUUUCGGAGCUUGACUUCCUCAUCGAUAUCCGUACGUCAGUGACAGAAGACCGGACGAAGGGCUAUACGCACUUUCUGUACUCCGAGUUCCACAACAAGGAACAGCUCGACGCGUACCAGGUCCAUCCGAAGCAUAAGGAAUUUGUCGCGAAGUUCAAGCCCCACUUUGAAGAAGUGAUGGCAUUUGAUCUUCCGAUGUGA